UGAAUUCCACGACAUGUUCAGCAAAAUUCAACAUAAAAUUCAUUAUGUUAUUAUUAAUAUUUGCACUAGUGCAAAUGUGUUAUGGCAGCGAUAAGGCUGAAAGCUUGAGCUGCGCAGCAAUUAAGGAGUUGGAUAGGCAGUGUGAGACCUAUUGUUACCGCGUGGUAAAGCCGCUCCUACAAGGCGCAUCAGACGCUUACUUAAAACAACAAGAAUUUUCAAAAUUACAGACACAAGUUCAUGAAAAAGAGAUCAUAAUCAAGAACAUGCAAAAGGAGCAAGCCGUUCUGCAAGCUAAAUUCGAAAUUCAAAACCUCUUAUUACUUUCACAUAAAGAUAAUUUAGCCUCCAAAGAUGUCCUAAUCAAAGGCCUGAAAACUGAAUUGAAAGAAUUUCUAUACACUAAAAUCCAACGAGCUGCACAAAUAACAGAUUGUAAAUCGACGACUACUAUAAAGAUCAAAGAACUGGAAGAGAAGCUAACAAAAUGUAGCUUUGAGUCUAGAGUUUCCAGUUGUUUGGCCAAUAAAACCGAAGUACAAGAGACUAAGGUUUACGAUUUGAAAACCUUUCCAACGCCUUGCGAUUCAGACUUGGCAGGACCGGGUUGGACCGUUGUCCAGAGGCGUAAGGAUGGCAGCGAAAACUUUAAUCGGAGCUGGGACGAUUAUCGUCUAGGCUUCGGCGAUCCGCAAGGAGAAUUCUUUUUGGGACUCGAAAAGCUGCACCUGCUUACAAAAGCCCAACCGCACGAACUCUUUAUAUAUAUGAAGAUCUUUGAAAACGAAACAGCUUACGCUCGCUAUGAUAAGUUUCUUAUAGGCAAUGAAACUGAAUCGUUUCAAAUUAAGUCCUUGGGAAAAUAUACUGGGACUGCUGGCAAUGCCCUGAGAGCUCAUAAUGGCAUGAAGUUUACUACAAUUAAUCGCGAUAAUGAUCUCUCUGAGUUAAAUUGUGCUUCUGAAUGGUCGUCCGGUUGGUGGUUCCGUAAAUGUCUCAUCGGUAAUCUGAAUGGUUUAUAUGGAGAUACCUAUAAAAAUUCGGGUAUCAAGUGGAAUGUCUUUAAAGUUAAGAAAAAAGCUUUUUUUGUACAAAUGAUGAUUCGACCAAAAACCACUUAAAAUGUAAUAAAAACAAAAUUCUACAAUCGAAUAAACCGUUCAAAAAAUAAUGGGUAACAAUAAAGAAAUGACAUAUUCGUUA